AUGGGACACAGAAGCCAUGGACAAUCGGGUCAAAAGUUCUACUACAAAACCCGCAUUUUCCAUGCAGCGAUUCAAAAAGAAAUUCUUUCUCUAACGAACAAUCCAGUCGAGUUUGUUUACCUCGACGCUCCGAUUUGUCAAAUCCCGGGUGACCAUGAUACACGGAUAUGGGCAUACGGUAGCUAUGAAGAAGCUGAAAUGCGAGGUUUAAACGAUAGCAUUCAGCUUGUCAUGAGCGUUCUCAAGAACAAGGGUCCAUUUUUAGGAAUCAUGGGCUUUUCGGCUGGGGCAGCAUUGGCAGUUAUUAUUGCUUCGCUACUGGAGAGCCCUGACAGACACAAAGAGUUCAAUGUUCAAGUACAACAACCACCCCUACAAUUCGUUGUGGCAUACAGUGGUUUUAUGCUGGCUCAUCCCACCCACAUGUCCUUGUACUAUCCCAAGAUACAGGUUCCUAUUCUGCAUUUAAUUGGAAAGCUGGAUUGCAUGAUAGAAGAGUCAUUGACCCUGCGCUUAGCCGAGCGGUGCCAGAUCCGGAAGAUUCGAUAUUUUUGGGGUGGGCAUUAUAUUCCUCGCCACCCUGAAAUAGUCUCCGAGAUUGCCGGUUUUAUUGGGGACUCAUUUGGUUCUGGUCUGAUAUUGAAGACUGGUGAUUAUGAGUUGCCAGGAUAG